GGAGGAGGACCAGAUAUGGAGACAAAAGUGCAAAACAGGGAGCAAUGGAAGAAUAAGCGGGAAUAUUUUCUGGCAAUGGCAGGGAAUGUGGUGGGCCUGGGGAAUGUCUGGAGGUUCCCCUAUCUCUGCUAUAAAAACGGUGGAGGUGCAUUCUUGUUGCCGUACUGUUUCUUUGCUGUGCUGUGUGGUGUACCGCUGUUCCUGUUGGAGGCUGUCGUCGGGCAGUACACCCAGGAGGGCACCGUUACCUGCUGGAGGAAGCUCUGCCCCCUGGCACAGGGUAUUGGCUAUGCUGUCAUUGUGAUCCAGCUGUUUUCUCGACUCUACAGCAUUAUCUUGGCUUGGUCACUCUUCUACCUUGGCUCCUCCUUCAGUGCGCCACUGCCUUGGGCCACGUGCAAUAACACCUGGAAUACAGACAGAUGUGUGGAGCUCACCUCUCUAAACAGGACAUCUGAACACAUUGGUAACCGGACAGGAAACUGGACUUAUGCAAGUGUGACCAAGUCUUCAGUGUCUGAGUUCUGGGAGAGAGGAGUGCUGUCCAUGUCUGCAGGUAUAGAGGAGGUGGGCAAGGUGAGGUGGGAGCUGGUGUUGUGCCUGCUCGCCUGCUGGGUGGCCUGUUACUUCUGUAUCUGGAAGGGGGUCCACAGCACUGGAAAGGUGGUGUAUUUCACGGCUGUGUUCCCCUACGUGAUGCUGGCCAUCCUGCUGGUCAGGGGUUUGACGCUGCCAGGAGCCUGGCAGGGCCUUGUCUUCUACCUGUACCCAGAUCCUUCACGCCUGCUCGACCUUCAGGUGUGGAUGGCGGCAUGUUCUCAGGUCCUCUUCUCCUACGGUGUUGCAUCAGGGACGCUGAUUACGCUGGGCAGCUAUAACAAAGCCAGAAACAACUGUUACAAGGACAGUCUGUGGCUGUGUGUGCUGAACAGCGGCACCAGUUUCGUGGCUGGAUUUGCUGUCUUCUCCGCUCUCGGCUUCAUAGCCCAUCAGCAAGGAGUUCCCAUCGACAUGGUGACCGAGUCAGGCCCGGGGUUGGCGUUCAUCGCAUUCCCUCAGGCUGUAGCCAUGAUGCCGCUGCCUCAGCUCUGGGCCGUCUGCUUCUUCAUCAUGCUCAUUCUGCUGGGACUGGACACACUGUUUGCAGGUCUGGAGACAAUAACAUCCUCCGUGAUCGACAGGUUCCCAGCUCAGUUGCGCAGACCGUGGCGCCGGGAACUUUUCCUUUUCUUUUUCUGCCUUGUCUGCUUCAUCAUACAGAUCUCUCUCACCACUGAGGGUGGAGUUUACCAGUUCCAGCUGGCUGACUACUAUGCUGCAAAUGGAGCGUGCCUAUUGUUUCUGUCUGUGGCUGAGUGCAUAGCUGUCGGCUGGGCCUUUGGAGCUGAUCGGAUGUGUGAUGCUGUAGAGGAAAUGGUCGGCCAAAGGCCGUGCCUCCUCUUCAAGCUGUGCUGGCGUUACAUCACCCCUCUGAUCUGCCUGGUUUGCUUCAUCUGUUCUUUUAUGGACUACCAGCCCCUCACAUCCAGUGGGGGUUAUGUGUACCCAGACUGGGCAUAUGCGCUGGGCUGGGCCAUGGCCCUCUCCUCUAUAGUCACAGUGCCCAUCUAUGGUGUCUGCAAGGUCUGUCUCACUGAGGGCAGCCUCCGCCAGCGUCUGUCCCUCUUGUGGUAUCCUCCUGCUGGCCCUGCUGAGAAGACGCACUGCCCGAAAUGUCCAGACCAUCUCCCAAAUGUAACUGAAAUGAAACCUUUGUCAGCGCACUAUCCUGACAUAUGAGUGAGCAUGGGAUGCUUUCUUGUCGUUUGAAAACAGCUAAAUGAACAGAAUGUCGUUCUGAGAUUAGUCUCAGAAUUCUGAGAAGAAAACUCAGAAACAAUUCACAAUUCUGAGACUGAAGUCAGGAUUGUGAGAUUAACAUCAUAACUGUGUCACUGAUUCUGACUUUAAUGUCAAAGGUAUGAUGUUGUGUGUAUAUAUAUAUAUAUAUAUAUAUAUAUAUAUACGUGUGUGAGUGAGUAUCCCUGUGUUAAAUCAUGUGUUGUUUGGGGAUCAAACACUUAUUUAAUUCAAUCAAAUCCAAAUGAAUUUAUAACCUUUAUAUAAUGUGUUUUUUUUUUUUUUCUGGACUUUGUUUUGUUAAAAGAAAAAUACCAUAAACAUUAUACACCGCUCAUUUCUUUGUAAGUGGACAAACAUACAAAAUCAGCCGGGGAUCAAAUAAUUAUUCUCUCUACGUCAUAUGAUGUUAUGUUUU